UACCUCCAACAUGUUCACUAAGACUGUCGUUGCCCUCGCCCUCGUGGCGUUUGCUGCCUCUGCUCCGUCUCAGCCAGCUUACGGUUAUGCUCCUCAACCUACCUACGAGGUCCCUGCCAAGUAUGACUUCAACUAUGCAGUGAAGGACGACUACUCCGGCAAUGACUUCGGUCACCAGGAGGGUCGUGAUGGCUAUGACACUCAGGGUUCCUACUACGUUCUUCUCCCCGACGGUCGUCUGCAGAAGGUCACCUACACUGUCAACGGCGACUCCGGCUACGUUGCUGAGGUUAGCUACGAAGGCGAGGCCCAGUACCCUGAGUACCAUCCUGCUCCUGCCUACAAGCCCGCCCCUGCUUACAAGCCCGCUCCUGCUUACAAGCCCGCACCCACUUACCAUGCUGCACCUGCCUACAAGCCUGUCCCUACCUACGAGCCUGCUCCUACCUACGAGACCACCCCAGCCUACUGUCAAUUAUAUUUUAGAGAUCGCAGAAUUUAUGAAAAGGAAGAUGAUGGACAUAAUUCAAGACUCGUGGACUACGGUAUAAAAGGGGCUCGCUUGAGAACUCGAGCAUCACAAUUCGUCUCUACCUCCAUCAUGUUCACUAAGGCUGUCGUUGCCCUCGCCCUCGUGGCGUUUGCUGCCUCUGCUCCGUCUCAGCCAGCUUACGGUUAUGCUCCUCAACCUACCUACGAGGUCCCUGCUAAGUAUGACUUUAACUAUGCAGUGAAGGACGACUACUCCGGCAAUGACUUCGGUCACCAGGAAGCUCGUGAUGGCUAUGACACUCAGGGUUCCUACUACGUUCUCCUUCCCGACGGUCGUCUGCAGAAGGUCGCUUACACUGUCAACGGCGACUCCGGCUACGUUGCUGAGGUUAGCUACGAGGGAGAGGCCCAGUACCCUGAGUACCAUCCUGCUCCUGCCUACAAGCCUGCCCCUGCUUACAAGCCCGCUCCUGCUUACAAGCCCGCACCCACUUACCAUGCUGCACCUGCCUACAAGCCUGUCCCUACCUACGAGCCUGCUCCUACCUACGAGACCACCCCAGCCUACGCCUAAAUGAACUUCGAUUAAAUAAACAUUUAUAAAUAUUUAUUAAACUGAAAUUCUAA